UCCUUGGCCAAGUAUUGUGCAUUGCGGUCUUUUACAUAUGUACAAGUCCUCUAUAUGCUGUACAAUUUUCGCUUUGUUGUCUCUAUGCAGCAGUUCCACGAACUUCUAUUCUAUAAUACUCAAGCGAGCUAUCUUUUCUUAGUCCAGCUGGAUCUUCACCUGGCCCGGCUGUUCAUGGCGGGCAGAACAUGUCCGAGUUUUUGGAGGUCUUUCCAUCCUCGAACGGGAACUUGGGCUUACCGCAGCGCGACUGCUUCGCAACCCAAGCGGCUAUCCUUGUCUUAUUCCAAGUACUUUGCCACGUCGUCCCAUUAUCUUCAAGAUCGUGUUUCUCUCCAAAUGUUAUUGUCUUCGUCCCGAGCUUGCACUCCUCGCCGUUGAAGAGGGAUUGCAAACAAUGGCGGUCCCUCUCACAUGCUCGAGUACACUCCAAUGCAGUUUUGAUGUUUGGCACAGUCUUACCAUCUGACAUAUUGUCCCAGUUUUCAAGACUUCCUGGUAUCAUAUCCCAGACUAGAUCGGCGAACAGUUCCGAAUACAGCACUGGCGCCUGAAAGCUUUGUUAGUUGUUGGAAGAACAGAUUCCAGAUCGAAACUUACGCUCUUAUCACGCCUCCUAUCCUCGAAGCCUCGCAGUCCAUGUGCAUCAGCAGCUGAAACAUGAUGGAGAGUCACGAUUGGCUCGCACCAGUCGGUAGAUCCGAACCGGAUCGUUGAUGGAGACUCCCCAUUUAUACUCGGCCAUGCGUUCAUCACAGGUAUGCCAAUGUCUUUGAACGCCUCGGCCAAGAUGCCAUCACCACAGCAGUUUCCAGCGAUUCGGGAAUCCCAACGAGCCGCCGUGCCAUUAUUUGCGACGACCAGGCUCUCUGUCGCAGCUCUCGAGAUCAGAAUCCCACUCCCACCAUGAACAAAUUGCAACUCCCCCAGGCAGGCCAAUGAUCCUAGCAACGACUUCUUGGAAGGGUCAAGCUUCCGGAUCCAGGCCAUGAAGCUGGGCCACAAAAUAUAGCUAUCUGCAUCGAUAUGGAUGUACCAGUCUGCGCCAGGUCGAGCAUUCCAGCUCUUCUCCACGAUGUGGACAUUCUUGUACUUGUCUAGAGACCAAGCUGCUAGUUGAUCGUCGUGUUCGGGGUGCUUCAUAUCCUUGAGCAAGCUGACAACUUUGACAGGGUCCUGCAACUCCUGUUGCUUGCGGUAGAUGUCGAAGUCCCGGUUCCCAUCCUUGACACUAGGUGGGAUUUGAUCCAGCGCGUCGUUCAACUGAUGAUCUCCAACCUUCUGCGCCAUAUCUGAAUACCACAAAACAUUCUCCAGCGGAACACAUCUCAGCAUUGUUUUCAGCUGAACAGGAAUCUUCUCAGCUGCCUCCGUAGCUCCAGUCUUGACAGUCACCACCAAACGAUGUCCAAAAUCCAUCAAUCCUCCACAGCCGCCAUCUUCCUCAGCUCCAUGGUUCGACCCUGCCUCCAAAGUAUCCUUUACAUUUUCCCAUCGGUGAACCGAGGAUUCCGAAAAUGUCACCCGGAGCUGGAUGAUCGCCAGAUAUGUGAUGGCAAUUGCAAUCACAACUCGGAAAGCCAAGGAGCGACCAGACGGCCGCGUCGCGAUCUUCAACAUUGAAAAUCAAUCAUGAGUACAAACAUCAAUACAUCCGAAUCGAAAGAGCCCAAGAAAGAGUGUAAGAAGGUCCAAAAAUAUCAGACAGAUAUGCAAAAUGAGGACGCCAUGUGUUUAUUAAAAGCUCAGAAGUCAUGAACUAAAAAGCGGACCGCAAGCCCUGCUUCGAAAAUCCGACCUGCAUUGGCAUAGGCUUUCUGAUGACUUUUACCUUUUGUAAGUGUCCGACGGUCCGACUUAGUCAGGGGAAAGGGGAGAAUGGCAAACCCGCAGGUGUGAUUGGGGAGGUUGUGACUAGACUUUGAAGUACGUGCCGCUCUGCUGUCGGAGACCAGACCUGAUAGGCUUGCAUCUUCGUCUAAGCAUUCCGAAAGACGAACCAGGCCACCUGGGCCAAGACCCAUCCUCAGUAACUUUUUCGCCAGAUACGAGCAUAAGCUAGCCUGAUUGGGCCGCAGGAUGACAUUCUUACUUUUCAUGAUACGAGUGCUUACUCUGUACUUUUGCAUAUGAUUCGUAUUGGGAUCUUGCCUGCUCUCGAGCCUCGGACGGAGAACGUCCACUAUUCAAUACUUGAUGAGAGGAACACUGGGUUUCUGACGGUUGUUCGGACGAUCAUCAAUCAUCAACUCGUACCAAACCAUGCGGAUUCUCUCCCUCCCACCCGCCUCGUGCAACACACCAUUGCGGGCCACACGGCCAGAAACAAAUACAGAAUCCCAGAGUGGCAGGCGAUAGAUCAUAAAGAGGAAGAUAAUCGUCCGCUCGCUUAUUGUGGACUCCACUUCCGUAUCUUACACCCCGCCACUAAUUUGAUCGAACGAAACAAUGCAGAGGCCAGCCAAUCUUGCCAAAUAAAAGUCCAGCUCAGUCAUAAAUUGUCAAUUUCCUCCAGCAGCGGGCAGAGAACCCGCUAUCAGCAGCAACAAUCAAACUGGGGUGGUCGGUGUUCGUAUUAUAUGCAUGUCUUUCCAGAGUGUCUCACCCUCAUUUGAUUUUCAUGGCAGACUCCAUUUGACGACACAUGCUGCAAACGAACCACUCAAGCAUUUUAGUGGACCACUAUCGGUCUUAGUCUGGAUCUGAGCGGAUUAUCUGUGCCAAGCAGACACGAGUAAAUGCUCAACAUGUGGCCUUGCUCAUGAGUCGUGACCCCAUCAAUCUGAGGUGUCAUAUCUUCUUUUCUUUCAAUCAUGUUCCCUUACUGGGCCACUCCCUGCCAAGGGAAUACAACUCACUGUGCAUUAUUUCUAUCUAGACUUCAAAUUGGCCUCAACAAUUUUCAGAUUUGAUGCUUCACACUUCUCAUUUCUCACUUCCCUUUCACUCAAACUGCUCUCCGCAUUGUAUGAUCUUCUCAUCUUGCACGCAAUUUUGUCUUAUGAACCACAAUUCUCUUUCUCUUUCUAAUUAUCUACCAAUCUAUCCAUUCAUCUAUCCGAACCUGUUUUUAAAAACCAAGAUUCCGUAUCUAAUAUCGUUGACUUUUUGGAGAGUGUCAGGUUCAGCGUUCGGUUGCUGAGCUGAUCCCUGAACGCUGAGAGCCACAAAGUUUAUGCCAUCUCAUCGUAAUUUAUGCUCGCGAAUCGUACAAGCCAGUACGAAUGCUGCUAGUGAGCAACCGAGGGAAAGAACUAUCCAAUUUACGUCAGUCUGAGUUCAAGAUGGACAUGCAACUAUCUCAUGUUUCCAUUCUAUCUAUCUCCCUUCUUCCUCCAUGAGGCUCGCACGGAGAGUAUGCGACGUUAUAAGAGAGAAAGAAGAGCCAGGAGCAGGGGUACAGGAGGGAAACGUACUAUGGCUGUUCUCAAUGCUCUUCACGUAACUGGCGAUUACGAUCUUGCGGAUUGGUGGGGAGAGCGAGGCGAUCGAGGAGACGUUUGAUAUUACUUGUUCGAUUAUCUGGAAUUGAAGAGGGGAUUUUAGUCGGUUGUGUUGACGGGUAAGCAAGUGAGGGGAGUAAGGUAUGGAUUGACGAGUGCUUUUUGAUAUCACCCCCUGGGCUCAGCAACAUAAUUUCAAGACGGGGCGCAAACCACCUGCAGCGAAGGAAAGAAAGAUACUCGGAAGGAAAUUUAAGGGAAUGGGUAAGAACAAGGGCAAAUGAGAGAAGAUAGGAGUACUAACCGAAGCCUUCCCCUCCACCCCCCUCAACGCCUCCACCAACAACGCCCUCAAACUCGCAACCUGCACCGCACUCGCCCCCGCCACACCAACCACCAUCCCCAACCCACUACACAAAUACAACCCACUCGUCGCAACCGCCAUCUCACUCUUCUCCACCCCGGCCGUCAAGCCAAUAAACGUCGCACUAAACGCAAUCCCCGUUCCAAAUCCACCAGGGAUAAUCUCUAAACUCUCCCACCAACCCGUCUCGCCCUUCCAGCGGAUGAUGAGAAUGAGGUAGCAAAGCGAGGAGGAGAGCGCGGCGAGUAGGGAGAGGGAUUUGUAGUGUCCUGUGCGGGAGAUGUAGAGGCCGGAGAGGAGCCCGCCGGCGGUGUUGCCGAGGACUGCUGGGAAGAGGUGCGAGCCGGCGGUGGUGUUGCUGCUGUUUUGGGUGGUGCGAAAGUAGAGGGGGAUGGAGAACAUCAUCUAGAGAGGUUAGAGUGUUAGUUAUUCGUUUCUCUCGAAUCUGAGGGAGGGGAUAGGGGAUCAACGUCAAGAACAAGAGUUGGGAACUUACAGCUAGUUGCGCAGCUGCCUGUAAAAGAAUAAUCCCAUACGCCGUCGCCACAUCCCUCUUUACGAUCAAACUUGGUGGAAAAACUGGCUCCAGCGCACCAUACACCUCGAACACCACAAACAGUACCCCCAAAACAGCAGAAGCGGCUCCGAGCCCUACCACGAUGGGAUGACUCCAUGGUAGUUCUUCACCACCAAGAGAUAAUGCCCCAAGCAGAGACACGAUCGUUGAAGCGAGGAGAAGCGCUCCUACAAAAUCUACGCGGUGGAGUUUAGAAGGCUGGCGUUGCCCUUGGGUGUUGGCUUUGGAUUGUGCGGGAGGCCGAACAGCUGGCGAGGUGUGAGAUGGGAGACGUAGAGUGAUCAGAAUGAUAGCAAAGGUGAUGAUUGGACCUUGUCCGAUGAAGGACCAGCGCCAUCCGACAGUGUCUGCUAGGAAACCGCCCAGAGGACCGCCUAUGCUUCGGCCGAUUGUGGCGACGACAUUGACAUAGCUUCGCCACGAGGCGACCUGGAUUAAGGGGACGAGGUCUAUUUAUUUUGUUAGAUUGUGUUAGGCGAGAAUGGGUGAAAUGGGUAGAGCCGGAUUACGUACCAGUAAUCAAGAUGGAGACGAUGACCGUCAUGCCUGCUGCUCCGAGACCAGCUAUUACUCUCCCGGAAAUGACUUGCGACAUUGAUUGUCCGAUUCCGCUGUUUUGGUUAGCAAGCUUCUCUACAUUUUCCACAGCAGUGCUGCGUUCUCCUCUCUAUCCUCCUAGGACAAGCGAGAAUAGGGCUAGAGAGACAAGGACACACCAGACCACACUCCCCACGGCAAACAGCACAUAACUAACCAACAACACACUUUUCCUUCCAUAAAUAUCACACAAUUUGCCCGUGAUGGGCUGGACGGCACAACUAGCUAGCGAAUAACUGGUCGUCAACCAACUAGCUUCUGCUAAUGCUCCAAAUUCGGAGGAGAUGGUGCCGUAAGUUGCCAUGACAAGACUGCCGUCUGCGUUGGACAUGAACACACCUGGGAGCUGUCAGAUCGUGCACUUUGGAGAGCCAGAACAAAUGAGAGGAUGGAAUCAAAUGAGGAAUUACCAAUCAUCAAUAAUGCAAUGAUAGCGAACACACUCUUUCCCUUCGGCUGGUCACCCACUUCUCCUCCAUCGUCAUCAUCAUCUCGAUACCUCGACUCUCCUUCACCAGAGUUCGUUUCUGUGCUCUUAUAAUCCGGACCGUGUGCAUACAGUAGUGAUGUACGCUCUGAAUAUGUUUCAAUUGAUUCCGAAGAGUCCGAUGAAGAGUCGAAAUGUGAUCGCGUGCUGCUGCUCGAUUCUUGACGUGGCUUGGCAUCUCGUUCCGGAUCUGGGGAAUAGUCUGCCAUUGCCAUCUAUCUCCUGAAAGGCGAAAGGAAGACCGAAUGAAAUUAUCCAAAAUAAAAUCCAGAACUCAGAAUUCAAACUCAGAAUCCUGAAAAGAUCCAAGAAUCCAGAAGAAGUUUUGAGGAAGGUCACAAGAGAAUCCAGCGCAGGUUCCGGCCAAGUGAUCAACUAGGAGCUACAGCAUCUGACGCACGUAGCACGAAUACUGCAAAGAUAAAGGACUGGCCGCUAUGAAGCCCCGAAUAGUAGUUCAAGGUUGAACAGACAGGCCCAGAGUACGAUAAUAAUUGAAGAUGCUACCAAACAAAUACCGUCUCGAGUGAAAAAGCUUGUACCUUUUUGUACCCCACGGUACCGAAAAGUUGUUCCCUCACAUGCUGCAGCUGCAGCAAGGGCUUGACCUUAUAAAAGAGCUCGCCUGCGCAAGGGUACAGUCAUGAAUGGUAACAUAUGACUCCCGGUGAUGGAUGUUGUAAGAUGCUACCUAUUCGGAAUCGGUGGUGUAGAUGGCGGAAAAUGGAUGGGUCAGCACGCAAUUGCCGGCGGGUCUCGUUUCGCUUUGGGCGAACCCUGCCGUGGCGGAUGGGAUGCUUGCUCAAAGCUGAUUGAGGGGUCCUUUCAACCCCACUACCAAACCGGCGAAUCACUUUGACGGUGUUUCGACGUCAAAUGCGGGCGGGCAAUGUUUUUCGAUGUUUCCCCUGGAUGUUUUCAGCCAUUCCAUGCCUUGCCCACUUUUGCUGGGCUGGAUCUUGCAGGUACAGGCGAGUUUGGAUUGGAUGGUCAAGGCGGACAAGGACAGGGACGGGACUUCUUGAAAGGUGGAGCCAGAGCGGGCUUGAUGUCGUGAUGGGACCGAUAUAUCAAGAUCCCUACCUCUUCGUCUAUACAUUUCCAACCUGAUGUUGUUCUGGUUCCGCCUCAAUACUUUUGCGAAUCGACGCUUAAAGCUGAGCAAGACGACGAGAGUAUUGGACAUUAAGGCAAUAUGAAGAUACAUCUCGGUCUCAUUUUAGCCAUAUCAACAGCGCUGUACGCUCUGGAACAGGCACCGUUAAAUGGAAAGAAGGAUGACAGACCAAAUAUCGUGGUUAUUCUGACCGAUGACCAAGAUGUGCAUCUUCAUUCUUUAGAUUACAUGCCUCUGCUGAAGAAAUACAUCUCCGACGAAGGGACCUCAUUCAAACGGCAUUAUUGCACAACGGCUAUUUGCUGUCCGUCGAGAGUCACGUUAUGGACUGGGAGAAAUGCACAUAAUACCAAUGUGACGGAUGUGUUUCCUCCUUAUGGUGGCUACCCCAAAUUCGUCGCUCAAGGAUUCAAUGAGAACUGGCUUCCAGUCUGGCUCCAAGAAGCUGGAUACAGUACUUACUACACCGGUAAACUAUUUAACGCCCACACCGUCGAAAAUUGGAACAGCCCUCGUCCAGCGGGCUGGACAUCCUCAGAUUUCCUCCUCGAUCCCCACACCUACCAAUACCUCAACGCAACCUUCCAGCGCAACUCCCACCCACCCGUUAGUCACCCAGGAGAAUAUAGCACCGACGUCCUCGCCUCCAAAGCCUAUGGACUUCUCUCCGAAGGCGUCCACUCCAACAAACCUUUCUUCCUCACCAUUGCCCCCAUAGCUCCUCACUCGGACGUAAAGCCGUUCUCUACAAUCCCAGGAAAAGACCACGAAGUCCACAUGACAGCACCAAUUCCAGCUGAACGCCACAAGCAUCUCUUCCCCGACGCCAAAGUCCCCCGAACAGCGAACUUCAACCCCGAUACCCCCAGCGGCGCCUCUUGGAUCUCGAAACUCGCAAAACUAACACAAGAAGUCAUCGCCUACAAUGACGAGUUCUACCGCGCUAGAUUACAGGCCUUACAAGCAGUCGAUGAGAUGGUCGAAGGCCUCGUGCAGAGACUUGCGGACUUUGGAGUGUUGGAUAACACGUAUAUCAUCUACUCCGCCGACAACGGCUAUCACAUCUCCCAGCAUCGUCUAAAUCCCGGCAAGGAGUGCGGGUUCGAAGAAGAUAUCAAAGUCCCGCUCAUCAUCCGCGGGCCUGGGAUAGAAUCCGGAGGGGUAUCUGACCUCGUGACCGCACAUACGGAUCUUGCACCUACGAUUCUCAAACUUGCUGAAGCGAAGACGGGAUGGGAUGGGUUAGACGGGCAACCGAUUCCGUUGCGUAAGGAGGAGGUUGAGGAUGCGGUGGAGGAGAGGGGCGAGCAUGUUAACGUGGAGUUUUGGGGGAGAAGUAUUCCUGAGGGGAUAUAUCAGUUUUCGCUGGAUGAUGGGAAAGUGGUGGCCUAUGGGUUGAAUAAUACGUAUAAAGCGUUGAGAGUUAUUGGAAAGGGGUAUAAUUUGUAUUAUGCGGUUUGGUGUACGAAUGAGCAUGAGUUGUAUGAUUUGAGCACCGACCCCUCUCAAAUCAACAACCUCUACCCCACUACCCACUCCUCCACCCUCUCCCCCAACUCCCCACCAAUCCUUCACCUCCCCCUCCCAGUCCCCAUCACAACCCUCAUCCCCCGCCUCGACGCCCUCCUAAUGGUCCUCAAGUCCUGCGCUGGGCCCACCUGCAUCUCACCCUGGAGCGUGAUCCACCCUGCUGGAAACGUCAAGACGCUAGCUGAUGCGUUGGAUGAGAGGUUUGAUCGGUUUUAUGGGAGGGUGUGGGGUAAGGAUAAUGAGAGGGAAAGGGUGGCGUUUAGUGCCUGUGAGUUGGGGUAUAUUGUGGGGAGUGAGGGGCCACAGGAAGGGAGGGUGUUUCGGGAGGAGGAGGACGAGGAGGAUUGGGAGGGGGAGUUGUGA